AUGCCCGGGGCUCUGCCCCCCACCCAGCUGUACGCCUCGGAGCGGGUGGUGGUGCUGCUCUCCUGCGUGCUCUCCUUCCUGGGCUCCAGCCUCCUGGUCUGCACCCAUGCCCUGUGGCCGGAGCUGCGGACCCGUCCCCGCCAGCUCCUGCUCUACCUGUCUCUGGCGGAUCUCCUCUCUGCCCUCUCCUACUUCUACGGGGUGCUCCAGGACUUCGACAGGACCUCCUGGGACUGCGUGCUGCAGGGCGCCCUGUCCACCUUCUCCAACACCAGCUCCUUCUUCUGGACCAUGGCCAUUGCCGUUUACCUCUAUCUCACCAUUGUGAGGGGCUCGCCCACGGGCACAGGCCUGCUCUGCUGCUUCCAUGCCGUGAGCUGGGGAGUCCCCCUUAGCAUCACGGUGGCUGCUGUUGCUCUGAAGAAGAUUGGCUAUGAUGCCUCCAAUGUUUCUGUGGGCUGGUGUUGGGUCAACUUGGAUGCAGAAGACCGGGUCUUGUGGAUGUUGAUAACAGGCAAGGUCUGGGAGAUGUUGGCCUAUGUGAUUUUGCCAGUGCUCUACAUCCUCAUCAAGAAGCACAUCAAUAGAGCACAUGCAGCUCUCUCGGAGUAUCGCCCCAUUCUCUCGAGACCACCUGCAUUUCAGCCCCGGACUUCCAUAGCAGAUAAGAAGUUGAUUCUCAUCCCUGUCAUCUUCAUCAUCCUCCGCAUCUGGAGCACCGUGCGGUUCAUCCUCACCCUCUGUAACUCCCCUGCAGUGCAAAACUCCGUCCUGGUUGUCCUGCAUGGAAUUGGUAACACGUUCCAAGGAGGUGCCAACUGUAUCAUGUUUGUGCUGUGCACACGGGCUGUCCGGGCUCGGCUGUUCUCCUCCGUUUGCUGCUGCCACUACGAUGAGUUGGAUUGGCCUUGGAGAAGAUCAAACAGCUCCUCGCAGCACCCAGAGCCCCACAAGGACAUGCCAGGCCCUGAGCAGACAAAACCACUGCUUCCCACUACCUGAGUCUGGGCUGCCUACAUCUCAGUGGGGAGUUCUUCUCUCUUGCAGGUGCAGGAUCAUCCCAGAGUCCCACAGAGGGAGCUAAAGCCUGGGGAAAAGCACCACUGGAGUGGCUGAGUGAACAGAAGAGGUCCUGCUUCUCCUCAGCGUUCAGAUACCAGCUGCUUUGGUCUUGAACUUUGCUCAGGAUCCUCUGGAAGAUACUGUUUGGCUGUACUCCAGGUUCCUGGUUUUCUUCCCUCCUUCCCCUUGCCCUCCCCUUCGAAUCUUAAAUAUUGUUUGGGGUUUUGCUUUUCUGUCUGACAAGGUGAAUGUGUUCAGAGUUUUGGGAUGAACAAGUAUCAUGGUGAUAGGAAAACUUGAGUAACUGCUGAAUAGGACUGUUCUGGGCAGGGAUUUCAGUCCUAGUGUGUGAGGUCUUCCAGGGAGCUCCAGCCUGGCUCCUGUUCUUCACUUGAAUAUGGACAAUAGUGUGCAAACACGCUUGUGUGGUGGUGGUGAUGGAUGGUUCCUUGUGAUGGUUUAUUCCUCCUCCUUGGUGGUUAUCAUCAUCAGGGGUUGUGGUGACAGCAUGUUUACUGUCCUGGGGAAAUCUGAACUCUGCAGGCUCCCUUGGUGCUCAGGGAUAUCUGGAUGGUCAGCCCUCCCCAGCAGUAUGACAGUGCCUGGCAUCUGCUCUGAGCUCCAGGUGUCCUCAGCUGAAGCACAGGCUACAGUCUGUUCUGGCUUUGGGAGUGUCAUAGCAGAGCUGGGGAGGGGAUGGUUUUUGUUUGCUAUUUGGAGAUGGUGUUUUACCUUAUCUACAGCUCCUCACUUUUUUUAAAAAAACAUUUUCUCCAACUUUUUACAAAAUAAAGUUUUGUUCCUUUGCCAAUGUGUUGUUCAAGCAUGUUGUGAUGGGGCUCAGCACCUUGGAGAAUUUGGGUGAGAAAUUGUGGCAAGAUCUUCCUCCAGGUUUCUUUUGUAUCUGCCUUAAAGACUAAGGCAUGUACAGGAAAAAAAAAUCUUUACCACCUGUUUGUAGAUAAUAUUCCUUUUGCUAUAUUUUCUGUAUGGAUAGAGUGAGAAACAUUUCAUCAGUUUGAACAACCUGGUUACCAGCAUGUAUAUAUAUACUACAGUUCAUUCUUGCUGGCCUAUUACUACAAGCUGUGAAUAAGCUUCUGAGAAGUGAAUUUGUGGAUCUUGUUGACCUCAUGGACUGUGGCUCUCAGCUACGUGAGAUUACAGAUGAUAUGUAAUCAUGAGAUUACAAAUUGGACUUUUUCCAGAUGAAGUUGGGCUGCAAGGUAGGUGAGACUAGUGCUGGAGAGAGCUGGGGCCAUCCUAGGACUUGUCCAACUAAAGAAAAUUCAAGUAAUUUCAUGGAAAAAAAACAACUGAGGCAUGGGCAGGCUGACAGUUGAGUGUUGCAGUGCCCAUGUCUGCUGUGCUGCACUGAAUUCCACACGUCCUGCAGUCUGUGCAGCCCUACAGGGAACUGCAGAAAUCCUUGCAGAGUUGGCAGCAACAGGCAGGUCUUGGCUGGCACAGACCUGGAUAGAAAAAUGAACCCACCACUGUCCAAGAGGGCAGUGUGGCCAGGUGCUUCUGCUGAACAAAGUGCAGAUGAAGAUUUAAUAUCCAAGCAAUCCAACAGUUUCUGAAACCUCUCCAGGGUCACACAACUCUUCCAAGAGAGAAAGGACCAGACAGUACCCAGACCAGCUUCUCAAGUUACAAUGUGGUCCAACAGGAUCUGAGCUCUUGAAGUUACACCUCUGCAAUUGCUUUGAAAGUCCAAGAAGGUAAUUCUUGGAGACCAUCCUGUCUCCCUUCAUCAGUCUCUUCCAAGAUCAUCCCAAUGUCAGUUACUGCUUUAUGGAUGAUGUUACCAGAUUCCUGCUGUGAUUGACAAUUUUCAAGGUGUUCUGCUGCCAUAAAGCAGGAUGCUUUCACCUGGAGGAAGGGAGGCUGCAGGCAGUCAAAGAACGCAUGCAAGACACAUGAGCAACUCGUGUCACUCCAGAGGAUGCAUGUUUUCAGGCUGGCUGCUGAAGACAGGUGGACCAAUAGCAAGGUUCCAAUUUCUCUGGCUGCUGGAGGUAUCUGUGAACUUUGCAUUUCUCUGAUAAAAUCUAGGAAUUGUAGUCGACUAUUAACCAAGUCCUGUGCUGUUCAAAGUAGACUCUUAACACAGGAGGUUAAUACUAAGCCAGCAACACGUGGCAUACCCUGCAUGUGGAGGGAAAGGGACUAAUGUGCUUUGGUAGAAAACCAGCCUGUUCUGUGCACAAUGAGAAACAGAAAUCAAAAGGAUGAACCUGUUCCCUUUGAACUGCAAAAGUGUCUUGACCAACUUGGUCUGUGCAAGGUUAGGACAUGCAGCAGUAUUCCAGCCCACCCAGUUUGUGGCUGCAGAAGGGUUAAUGCAGUUGAAUUUUAUCACUGUGGCCUGUAGCAAACAUCCCAAGGCUGCACCAGUGGAUGCUGUUUUCCCUGGAGCACAGCCUCUCCAGCUGCCCAAGCAGGAAGGAGCAGCAGCUCUAUUGCUUCAGCCUUACCUUGUUACUAUACAGACAGCUGGGGAAAACCAGCUCAUGUAGCAGCUCCUACAAUAAAUCCAGCCCUUCUAGUUGGACGGUGUGGGAAACAGUUCUUCCUCCAAUAAGUCUAAACAAAGUGCUUUUUAAGACAGCAAAGACCUUCUGCUGAUUCUGCCCAGCUAACGGACCAAACCCAGGUCUGCUGCUCAAGGAGAAAGGAAAGCAAAGACCCUGCCAAGGAGAGGAGCCUGCGCUGCCUGCCGGGGAAGGAGCCUGGGGGGCUGCAGCCCCCACAGACCAGCAGCGGGAGGGGAACCGCCUCCCCGCGGGAGGGGAACGAAAUCGCACAACCCCCCAUACUUGCACACACCCCGCCACCUCUUUAAAGGAGGAAUUUUGUCGGCCUUGCCCUUCUCCUUUGAUCCGCAACCCCCUCUCGGAGAGAACGUCUUAAGGACACAGCACUUCUUGCGUUACUUUCCUGAUGUACCCUUGGCAACCAUUUGCCGGUUUUACAUUUUUCCUAAACCUCAUCCCUUCGUGUAACCGCUCUUUAAUAAACCGGUUUAUUGGUAAA